CCAUGUGUUUGAUUGCAUGUGUGUGAUAGAUUUCCCUAGGCAUGUAAUCUAAAGUCUAAACUUCCUCCUCCAAUUCCGACUUCGGACCUCCUUUUCUUACCACUUUCAAAAUUUUCCAGAUCUUGUUAGGAGCUUUAUAUUAGUAUCUUGUUACAAGCUUUCUUUAAUAUUAUCAUCAAAAAGGCAUAAUUACAAUGCCUUGACACCAUCCAUGGAGAAUCAAACAUCGUUAUCCGAAUCCUUAAAAAGCAAUACGAAUAAAGGUCCCAUCGCGUACAACCCACGGGCCUCUCUCUAUUUCAACCUCAUUAAUCGUCUUCUCCAUCACCAUGCAUCAUCAUCAUUAGGUCUAAUAUCAUGCGUCCACAAUACAAAGACGUGAACGAUAAAUUAGACUCGACGGCCAAGCACAAAACCAACAGCCAUGGCGGUCGUUAUGAUAAUCCUUACGUCCACAUUACUAGUCCCACAUCAGCUUCUGAUAAGAGGUCGAAGGAUAAGGUUCUUGAGGUGUUGAAUCGCUGUGGGAAGAAAGUAGAGGACGCUACUCGCAAAGCGGAAGCAUUAGUCGGAGGUUUAAAAGACCACCUGAAGUUUAGUCCUAGCAUAAGUGAUGCAGCAAUGGCUAGGCUUUCUCAAGGCACUAAGAUGAUCGUUGAAGGAGGACCAGAGAGAGUGUUUCAACGAGAGUUUGGUGUUUUAGCUGUAGAGAAACUUUUAGAUUCGUUUGUUUGCUACAUAUCGACUACUUCGGGACCAGUGACCGGAGUGAUAUACAUUUCCAACAGAAGAAUCGCUUUUUGUAGCGACUAUGCCAUUCGUCUUCCUUCUUCUGCCGGUGGAAACGGUGUUGCGGCAUAUUACAAGGUGGUGAUGGAGUGGGAGAAGAUAAGUAGCAUUAGUUCAUCAACGAACGUGUUGAAGCCAAGUGAGAGAUACGUGCAUAUGGUGACACGAGAUGGGUUUGAGUUUUGGUUCAUGGGCUUUGUCUCCUACAUCGAUGCUUUCAAUUGUCUCAACAAAGCUCUCCUCAAUUCCCGUUGUAAUCAUGCCAUGUAAUCAAAUUCUAAUUUUCUUAUCAAAACUACGAAGACUAUUUUGAUCAGAUCUCAUAAAAUAUC